UGGAGGAAGAUGGUGAAAGCAUGUCAGCAGACUUCCGCCCAGAAAUCAAACUGAAGUGGGAUCAUGAUGCUGAUGGGCGCACCGUUUUUCCUCCGAACUUCGACUUUGAGUUCGUGGCAGUGGAAGAAGAAGAGGCAGAGGUAGAGGAAGACGAGGUGGAGGCAGGAGUGGAAGGAGUUGGAAUGAAUGAGAGCCAACCAGUUCCAGAAGUGGAGAUCCAUCCAGUUCCUUCUGAUGAUGAUCAGCCUCCCCUGCCAGACGAGCAGCAACCAAGGCAGCCACUUCUUCCAAUUGAAGAGGAGCUAGUGGAGCCACCUCCUCCAGCAUAGAAUUAGCUUUUUUAUUUUGGUGCUUUUACUUUUUGUAAAACAUUUAAACAGUUUGUAGUAGUUUGAUUCAUUAAAUGAAAAAUCAGUAUUUGUUUAUGUUUGGUUUAUAUUGCUGUUAUGUUUUAUGAAAGAACUGAGUAUUUGAGACGAAAUAAGAAGAAGUAACUCAC